GAUUCGCCGCCGCCGCCGUCGGAGCGUGUCUCGCGCCCCAGCGUGGGCGAUGCUUGCCGAACGGAUGCUACGCUCCAGCGCCGACGACCAGGUCACCGUGAGCGUCAUAAAGAGCGAGGCGGAGCUGUGCAGCGCGUGCGGCGAGCUGAUCGCCGACCGGUUCCUGCUGCGCGUGAGCGACAGCUCGUGGCACGCGCGCUGCCUGCGGUGCUGCGUGUGCGGGGCUCCACUGGACCGGCAGCCAUCUUGCUUCGUUCGACACGGAAGCGUCUACUGCCGACACGACUACGUGCGCCAGUUCGCGGCCAAAUGCGCCAAGUGCAGCCGGGCCAUCGGCGCCUCGGACUGGGUCCGCCGGGCGCGCGAGCAGGUCUACCACUUGGCCUGCUUCGCCUGUGACGCCUGCAAGCGGCAACUGUCCACCGGCGAGGAGUUCGCGCUGCAUGACGGACGGGUGCUGUGCAAGAGCCACUACUUCGAGCUGCUCGACGGGGCCUCCGGCUCCAACGACGAGAACAGCGAGCAGGAGUGCGGCUCGGGAAGCUCGGGCGGCGGCGGGGGAGGCGGCGGCUCCAAGGCCAAGACGAAGCGCGUGCGGACCACCUUCACCGAGGAGCAGCUGCAGGUGCUGCAGGCCAACUUCAACCUGGACUCCAACCCGGACGGACAGGACCUGGAGCGCAUCGCCCAGAUCACGGGCCUCAGCAAGCGUGUCACCCAGGUCUGGUUCCAGAAUUCGCGUGCCCGCCAGAAGAAGUAUUUCAACAACCAGGCCAAGAAAGUGAACCCUGUGAGCAGCGGCGCGGUGUCCGCCGGUCCCGCCUGUUCCGGCUGCGGCAUGCUGUACUGCCUGUGCGCGCACCAGGCCCUGCCCAUGGGACAGGUGACGUGACCCAACGCCCUGCCGGGGCCCCGCCGGGAGUGCUCGAACCCGGCCACCUCGCUCAACCGAGGCCUGGACCCGUGCGGCAACUGCGCCGGUGCUGCCUGUGGCCUCCGGUGAACGCUGUGAACGGAGUGGUGGAACUCGGCCCGUGCGCGAAGAGUGGCUUCGGCUCUCGAGCCGCGUGCUGUGCCGUGACAUACGAGGACGCGCGGACCUGGGAGAAGUGUCGGUUCGGAGCCGAAAUGCAGUGGCGUGCUCGUUACUCGGACACCGGUGGCCGAGCGACGUAACGAGAGACGUGCGUCCUGUGGUUGGUAUAACUGUGCGCGACCGUCAACGCUGGAAGCGUUUAUCCUGUCUUGAGACGUUUUCUCGUGUAUUGUAUCGAGUUGAAGAUGCGGGUGUCGAAAUGCAUUACGAAGGUGCUUUCACAGCCUUUGUGCGCGAGAACGCGCAGGGAAUGCCGUCACUCGUUUUACUUUCACCGUGACGAACUAAAGCGGGCGCGAAUUUUGUCACAGAUUGCGAGUGUCGGUCUAGUCUGGUGCGUUAUUUUUGAGACCUUGUCAUUGAACUUCCACACAGAAAGCAAUGGGAGGCAUCGACUAAUGGUUCAGUGUCGGGCACUGAGUGUAAACUGCGCUGGGGGUAACCAGAUUUCGUCGUGCAGCUUUCGGUCAUCGCGGGGCACCCGAACCGAGGCAAUGACAGCGAGCACGGUGUCUCCGCCAUUACUAGAUCCAGUUAGCGCCAGUAAGCUUUACUUUGCGCGCGCGUUCUUUUUCUUUCCGGGGAAGGAAGACCAAGUUUGGUUCCUUGACGUUUGUUCUCAAGUGCACUCGCGCAAGUACGCCGGCGAGCACUCCUUUCUAUGGCUGUGCGCGCUCAACAUUGAAAAUCAGAGGACACCCGCCCGCAGUGGUUCUCUGUGUGUUCAGCGCACCUCAGGAUAUCUGAAUCUAAACGUUUAGUCCUAGAAAAAAAAAUCAUAAACGGUAAUACUCCCGAUCGCCUAUUCCUCGAUAUUUGUUCCUUUAACUUUUUCUCGUGUCUCGCUUUCAACUUACGUCGUCUGGCUCGCUUCGGAGGAGCAUAAAUUUUUCGCCUUGAGGGCUUCUUUCUGAGAAGGCGGCCGCGCAAGAGAGGCACGGACGGAGAUAAGGACGAGCGCCGAGUCCUUGUCGUCACGUCUCCAUCCGUGUAUAUUUGGCGCGGCCGCCUUUUUAAAUAUAUACCAACACGCACAAUUCGCCGCAUUAAUCAGGGCUUCUUUCCCCUAUCUUCGUGGGAGGUUCUUUCUUUACGUAUAGAGUGCGUGUAUCGCAGUCCGCGCAGGGACGGCCAUGUGUCAUGCGCGCGGGUUUGUCGUUAUGGCACGCUCUUCCAGACUGUUUCAGUGUUCCUCGUGCGCAGGAACUCCCGGGUGCCAAUGUACAUAUCAACGCUAUGGGUCGCUCCUUCCAGCGUCUAGAGCAAUGCGAGGAGGAGUCGGCCCCGACUAAUUUAUUCCCUGGCGGCACGGGCUGCUUUGCGUGGCUUCUCGAACGAGCCAGCCGAUCACGCAACUAAACCCCCGUGCUCUAAAGCGAUCAACGACUCGAAGUUCUUCCCCCAUCCCGUCGAGUUGAGCUCAGCGCCACUCCUGGUCUGAAAAAGACACUGCGUCUUCCCGAGAAUUUCAGUGGCGGAGCGUCAACGAAGGGCAGUGACCAUCUCUGUCGAGGGGCGGCGCUGCCAUUCGCUUUCUCGGGUGCAGGGAAAGCGUCCUAGAAUGGCGGGGGUAAGCACUCCGGGGCUCUAUUGCUCGAAAUAAAUAUCUCUGUUUCCAAGGUU